UUUCACUAUUGAAAAUGAAUCAUCUGAUUCUGAUGGAUGUGAAAAUGAAGAGUAACCUCACAUUGAAGAGUUAAUAACUCCUGGCGUAUGUGUUAACGAUGAUAAGAAAAAAAGACGCAGGGUUUCUAAUAGGUGUGGUUGCAAAGCACGUGCAGUUUAUAGGCUUGCUGGCACUAGUGGAUAUGAAAUUACAUUCUUUGAGGAGAGGCAUAACCAUUGUAUGUUUUCUGAUUCUUCGAUGCCAUUUCUGAAAGUGAAUAAGAAACUUGACCUUGGGCAUCAUUUUUUUUUUUGAAUUGCGCUAAGGCAAAUACAUGCAUGAUGAAAUGCUAUCGAUUGUAUAAGGAAACUGUUGGCGGUUAUGCCAAUAUUGGUGCUACAUCCGUGGAUUUUAAGAAUUUCAAACGUGACUUGAAGGCUUAUUUAGUUGGCGUGGAUGCUCAAAGGUUGAUAGAUAAGCUUUUUAGAAAGAAAGAGACUUCUUCCGCCUUUUCAUUUGACUAUGUUGUUGAUGAGAGUGACCAGUUGACACGUAUAUUUUGGGUGGAUCCAGUGUGCGUAAAGAACUACGCGUUAUUCGGGGAUGUUGUUUCUUUUGAUGCUACCUACGAGACAACAGGUAUAACAUGGUUUUUGCCCCUUUCACCGGCGUUGAUAAUCACAAAAAGUGCAUUACUUUUGGUUUGGGUUUGUUUUUUAAGGAGGACGUGGAAUCAUAUUUUCAACUAUUUCGUUGUUUUCUAAAUGCAAUGGGUCGAGAACCAAAGUGCAUCAUUACAGAUCAAGACAAAUCCAUGAAAAUUGUUAUUCCACAGGUCUUCACUACAGCAUGUCACAGAUUUUGCAUGUGAUGUUGGUCCCAAAUAAUAAGAUUGAAGAACAGCUAAAUAAGAUCUACAAUAAUAUAGAGAAGGAUUCUUAAUAAUGAUCG